UGUACAAGAACGCAAUGAAAUUAAGACGAAAACAAAGAAGGUGCGAUUGAUCCGUCAGCCUCGAGUAUUCAUUCUCCAUGAUUAUUCUGGUUUCAUGGAUUUUCUAGCUCGAGAACGGCAACGUGUGUCGACAACGUCAACAUCAGAUGCGCGCCAUUUCUUACCGGUCAAGACAG